UUUGAGUGAUUCGUUAAUGGGAAUCGGACAAAGCUGAAACGAAGUGUCAUAAGUUUGUCUCACUAGUGGAUGUUGCUAUGAUUAUAUAUAUCCUCUGGCUGAUUCAGCAGGGAGUUGGUCGUUUAAAUAAUUGUUCAUCUAAUUACCCUAUUUCUUUGAUCAUAGAUAUUAGUACUAAUUAGUUUCUAAUAUAUGAAUGGUGCUAACAGACGAUAGACCUGAAAGUAAGGAUGUGCUGCAGUGGAUGCGAGAGGGUGGUCAAGCAUGCCAUUUACAAGCUGAGAGGGGUGGACUCGGUGGAGGUGAACCUGGAGAUGGAGAGAGUAACGGUGGUUGAGUACGUGCAGAGGAAGAAAGUGCUCAAGGCGGUGAGAAGAGCUGGUAAGCGAGCCGAGUUCUGGCCGUACCCGGACAUGCCUCGCUACUUCACUUCCUCCGACCAUUACUUCAAAGGCUAACCCAUGAGGUUGCAAUAGAGAAGACUAAGCCCAACCCAACUAGGACUAGGGUUUGGUGGCAGCUAUCAAGAAAGAAUCCCUAAACCGUAAAAGAGGGGAGGUGAAGAACCCAAAAAUACUCAAGCUACAACCCUAUUAAGCGACAGAUCUAACGAGGACUAAAUAUUAUUCAUGAAGGAAGAGCCAUGGCUUAUAAUAUCAUCCCACAAUGGAUGUUGAUAUUGAUUUAUUGUAAUCUUGAGCAUUAAUCAGUAAAGAUCUCUUUAUGUUCAUUCCGUGGAACUGUUCACGUACGAAACAUUUAAAAUUUGCCCAAACAAUUGGCGCUAGGAGGGGCAGUUUUAACUACGUGAGUAUGAACGACCGAUGAGUUAAUCUUGAGAUGGAAGAUAAUUUGAUCAACUCAUGGAUCUACUACGACGCUGGAAAAAAUCUAAUGAUUGGGGGCAGAGCUACCAACGCUAUAAGAUCACCAUUACUUGUCAUUAAAAGGAAGGAAACUUCAAAAAAUAAUUGGGGGCAGAUCGAGCUACCAACGCUUUAUCGUUCGACUCAUGGUAAACACUAGUGCACUACCAUGAAGCAUGGUGGAUCACACUAAAGCCUUUGAGUAUAUUGAUGGUGGCUUGACAUAUGGAGAAGUUAUCCGAUCGAUUUC